AAUCGUAGUACGCUGAUCGAAUUAAAGACGCAAGAAACUUAACAUGACGAUCGCAAGAGUCCUACUGAUCACCUGUCUGAUCGGGAUCUGCCUUUGGGAGGUCCAUAGCCAUGGGAUGAUGCUGGACCCUGUUAGCAGGAGCAGCGCCUGGCGGAAAGGGUACCCCGUUGAGCCAAAUUACGACGACAAUGCUCUCUACUGUGGAGGAAGACAAAUUCAAUACGAACAAAACCAUGGAAAAUGCGGCCUUUGUGGUGAUGAUUACGCCUUACCUCAACCCAGGCCAAACGAGAACGGUGGUAUUUACGGAACCGGCGUGAUCGUCGAAAAAUACAAAGUACACCAAAAUAUCACGGUAAAGGUGAAACUCACGAUGAACCAUAUGGGAACGUUCACAUUCGACCUCUGCCCUCUGGAAAAACCAUCCGACCUGGAAACCGAGGAAUGCUUCAGUCGCUAUCCUCUACGAGUCAACGGUCGCUACACUGUGCCAGUACCUAACACGAAGAUGGACUUCGAUCUUCCAAUCGAGCUGCCAGAAUCCCUCGUUUGCAACCAGUGCGUGCUGAGGUGGACCUAUCGAGCCGGAAACAACUGGGGAAAUUGUGGCGAUGGCAGACAGGCUUUGGGAUGCGGACCACAGGAAACCUUCAAGAACUGUGCAGAUGUCCAGAUCUCUUCCUAAACGACCAGCCGGGCUACGAAUAAGUGGACCACCUUCUGUCUUGAAUAUCCGUCUGAAAAAGAGAAACCUGUUACGUUCUGCUCAAUAACAAAUGUACCGCCGUAACGUUAAUUAAUUAGAGAAGAUUAGUCACCUAAUUACAAAAGCGUC